AUGUCUCAAAAUUUUCGCAUCCCAGAGCGAUGCAGCAGCAAAAGAGCCUUUGCAGAAAUCGAAGCUGACAAGCAAAAGAUAAAAUAUCUUGAUGGCGACAUUGAGAGAGAGUCAAAAGAAAUGAAGGUAGCGGAAUAUUUUGAUUCCAAGUACUGGACAAAGCUCAGCGAAGUAUCUGAGCUUCAACUGAAGCGCUCCCAGCUAAGUCUCAGGGUGCUGAGAGAUGAAGUAACCGAGGGAAGUGCGUGGAAGGAGAACGAGCAAGUGAAGCGAUUGCAGGAGGAGGAGCAAGCUCACACACUAGAGGCUCAGAUCUUCAGGAAGCAAGCGUCGAGGGUAGAGGUGAACCCCCGCGAUGAUGGCAAGAACCGGAGAGAAUAUUUCAUGCAACUCUGGAAGACGAGUAGCAAGGGGCUAGGAAAUACUGGCAGUGAGACGGGGAGAGGGAAACGGUCUCGAAACACCCAAGAGCAAUUCCGGGAGAACUUGAUCAAAGUCUGCAGGAGCAGAGACCCCAACCCGAAGGCCGAUGAGCUUUGGUGCCCUAUCCUGGGCCAUUUCUUCCCUGAUGACGAUGCCAUGCGCGCAGCUCACAUUUUCCCCUGGACUGAAGGCCAAGUAGCGAUGGAUGAGAUCUUCGGUAGAGAAGUUGGGAAUGUGGAAGAGCUUAGUGACGUUCGAAACGGACUCAUGCUCUCGAAAUACGCUGAGAAACGAUUGGCAGAUGGCGACAUUGUUCUCGUGCCCGACGUAUCAAAUGCCGCCAGCCAAAAGGAAAUCGACGCUUGGUCUGCCUCGGAGCCCAAAGAGUACAAGAUCAGAAUCCUUAAUGGUGGAGCCAAGGGAAUGGAUAUGUUCCAUCCGGGGUGGAUUCCUCCAAGAAAAACUUGGAACGAGUUGGACGGAAGGAAGGUGCAAUUCUCGAGUGACCAUCGGCCCCGCGCGCGAUAUCUCUAUUGGCAGUACUGCAAAACGAUGCUGAGGCAUGCGUUGCAGGAGAAAGGUACAAAAGCGGAGGGCGUGCUGAUGCAGGAACGUGGCAAGCAAUUUUGGGGGACCAAAGGCCCGUACAUUAAGAAGAGAAUGCUACUCGCGUUCGUCGAGCAGCUAGGGCACGACCACGAAGCUCUAAUGGAAAAUGCCAUGGUGGAAACAGAGGAUGAUAAUAUCCCUGAGUCAGACCCCUCCGCUCUCUUGCUGGCUAGCAGGGAGAUCCGCAGAGAGAAUCGCAGAUACGGCGAUCAUUGGGACGAAGAGGACGAAGGGGACGAAGAGGACGAAGGGGACGAAGAGGACGAAGGGGACGAAGAGGACGAAGAGGGCGAAGACAGUAGCGACGACGAGUUGUUUUAG